GCAAAGCCUAACUGUAAAGUCGGUCGCGUCCAUGUCUGUGACAUCGUUUUUCUCGUCUUUCUUCAACACCGUGCACGGUGACGCACCGGAGGAGAAGCAACCAGAAAGCGAAAACAAGGAGGAGGAAGUUGCUGAGGUGGGGGAACCAUCGAAAGAGUCUGAGGAAGAGGAAGUGGAAGCUGAGGACAUCCACCCUGUCAUUAUAGAGGAGUGCAAAAACUCAGCAGCGUGCGCUUCUUUAACGAGACAUUUCGAACACUGCCAGGAGAAAGUCCAAUCUGGACAAGGCUUUAAAGGCGAGGACUGCGUGGAAGAACUAUUCCACCUGAUGCACUGCGCCGAUGCUUGUGCUGCACCAAAAUUGUUCUCCAAGCUCAAGUAGACGCUAGGGUUAAUACUACAUUACAAUACACGCUAUCGUUCUUGAGGAGCAAUACCAUUUAUCUCUCCUGCCACUAAAUCCUACUGAGGAUCAUGUUGAUCAGUAGAUGCGCCGACAUCAUACUGCUGUCGGGCUGUUCUCUCGUUUGAACUGCACACUGUCAUGCGGUCUUGGUUCCAUUUGUCCAGUUUAAGACCGUUGGUUUUGAGACUAUGACCGACAUGUGGCCGAUGAACAAAAUUUGAACGAUUUGUUUGUGAAAAUGGUCUUGUUUCUUGUCCGUUGGGGCGGGGCCCUAUGUCGGAUACUAC